GAUCGUCUACGUUUCCUCCAAUAUAAUCCCCAUCGUCUUUGAUAUUUCUUUACCGAAAGAAGGUAUUUGACAUGAUAAAAAUAUCUGUUCUUUUUUAACGCAGGUGCAUUUUCUUAUAAAUGUCAACUUGCAUGUCCAAAAAUGAGAAAUGAAAGUUAAUUAUAUCGAAUAAAUUUCCUUUGUCCUCAUACUUCCUACGAAAUUUCUACAAUAUUCAGUAAGCUUCCCGCCAGUUCUUUUAUCUGUAACAUUUAGAUUCAUUAAAAAUUUUACCAAGGAGAAAAUAAUUUACUACACGAUUACUGUUGAUUUUGGCAAGGAUGGAAAAAGUAAUUUCAUUCUGUUUCGUAAUAGCACUUGUUUUUUUGAACUUUGUUGAAUGCAAAAAUCUAGAUCCAGCUGCUGAAGAAUUUUUGAAAAUAGUAAAUGCAGAAAAUAUAAAAGCCACCCAUGAACCACAGGAAAAAAGUGAUCCCAAUUGUACUCUUCAAUUUCAUGAGUGCACCAAUAAGAGGCAUAGUUGCUGUAGAAGUAUGUUCAAGCUCGAAUGUACAUGCAUGUACCCAGAACCGAACGAAGGUGUUAUUCCUGGAGAGACAGAAUUUUGCACUUGCCAGAAGCCCUGGGAAAAGGAAGUAAUUGAGACAUCUGUUCAUUAUCUCAAGAAACUUGGUUUUUGAAUGGAAAUAAAAGUCGAUCAAUAAAAAAAUAACGAAAUUA